UGCUAGGUAACGAAAUCUCCUCCCAGACUCCACUGAAGUACUCUUUGCUUUGCCAGCUUUUCCCUAUCAGUGCUGGUUGUUUUGGGGUGUUUUCUAAAGCAUGGCAGGAAAGGAGAAACUGGAUUUGGUCCGUCAGAACGCAAUUCACGUUGAGACGAUCCGUAAGGAGCAAAGACAGCAGAAACUCCACAUGGAGUUCAGCAUCAAUCCACACCGGAAAUUACACAUCCUGCCAGACAAACCCAUGUCUAGGAAACCAACAGAAGUGAUUGCAGAGAACUCGGAUUUCAUCGAGGCCUUCCACAAGGCCCGCCAGGAACCCACCAAGAAAUAUGCAAUGCCACAGACUGAGAGUCAGGAGAUAGGAUGGGUGUCAACUCCACUGAUCCCAUCGAACCGCAGUGACAAGAGGAUCAAUUUCUACCGCUUCCGAACUGACAUCACCAAACACAAAGAAUCUGCCCUGCGUUCAUCAAAUUAAAAUGAAUCUCCAAAAAGAUGAGCAA